GUAGUUACGUUAGCAAUAUAUGAUCGUAGUUUUUUUACGUAUAUAGAGUUAUCAUUUUGAUAUCAUCGUCAAUCUUAAAUAAAAAUUAUAUUUUAAAUAUAUAUAAUUUAUAGAACUGCAGAAAUUCUCUCAAUAUUAUUUGUGCAAUAAUUCCAAUUUAAGGUUAUAAACAGUAAAAAUCAGGAACAAAAUGUGUAAAACAAACUGUAAACCGAAAAUAAUUAUCUUUGAUUUAGACUAUACUUUAUGGCCAUUUUGGGUUGAUACUCAUGUUAUACCUCCUUUUAAAAAGAAAGGAAAUGAUGUAGUAGAUUCUCGUGGUCAAAUUAUUCAAUAUUACAAAGAAGUACCUGAUGUAUUAAAACAUUUAUAUGAAGAAGGAUAUGAACUUGGUGUUGCAUCUCGUACAUCAGAAAUACAAGGUGCCAAACAAUUAUUAAAUCUGUUUAAUUGGGACAAGUAUUUGAAAUAUAAAGAAAUUUAUCCAGGAUGUAAAGUAACUCAUUUUUCUAAGAUUCAAAAAGCAUCAGGAAUUGAUUAUAAAGAUAUGGUGUUUUUUGAUGAUGAAGAUAGAAAUAUUGUUGAUGUGGGUAAACUUGGUGUUACUUGUAUAUUUGUUAAAAAUGGUGUGAAUCAUGCACUUGUAGAAAGCGUCCUUAAAAAAUUUUAAUUUUUAUAAUUUAAGAGAAAUGUAUAUAAUAAAUAGCUUUAUUUUUAUA